GCUGUAUGCCGUAUUGCAGUUGAUGUUGUGAGGAGUAGUACUAGCAGAAGGAUGUGGAUUUUCAAAUUUAGUAUUUUGGCAUUUUUGUUGCUUUUUGUGGGACAGUAUAACACAUUUGCUCUUCAGGAUGUAACAGCCGACCUUUUCGGUGCCGAAAAUUAUGGGACGGUGGCAGCGUUUGGAGAUUUUUACUCGGAUAAACAGACAGACAUCUUCAUUAUCAGAGAACAGUCUGAACUGGUGAUAUUCUUGGCUGACUCGAAAACACCUUACUUCAAGCCCAAAGUUCAAAUCACUAAGGACAUUUUGCCAAGGGGCACCGUCAUCACCAGUGUGGUUCCUGGAGACUAUGAUGGAGACUCUCAGAUGGAUGUCCUUCUUACAGCUCAGAUCAACUCUGAGCCAACAACAACUGUUUUCAUCUUUUGGGGCCACAACCAGACAUUAGAUAUGAGUGGGUGGCUCAGGCUGAACAAGACCUUUAGUGAUCAACCUCUUGUUAUGGAUUUCAAUGGGGACAUGAUCCCGGACAUUUUUGGAGUCACCCGCCCCCCAUCCACCGAAGUCUGCUAUCUCACCAACAGAAUUCCAGUUUGUCAGAAUGCACUGAGUUCACCUGUCAACAUGCGCAUCCCUCACUCUAACGCUUUCAUUGACCUCAACAAGGACUUCACCGCUGAUUUGUUCCUGACAACUGAAGGGCCUAAGUUUGAGACCUGGAUCAGCAAGGACGGGAACUUCACCAGAGCUGAAGUCAUGCCAGAAGAACCACCAUUCAAGACUGUUGGCCAGUCCUCCCUUGUUGACUUUGAUGGUGAUGGAUGCCAGGACCACCUCCUCCCCGUGUGUUUGGAUGACGCCUGUCAUCGCAGUGGCAUCUACCUGGCCAAGUCAGGCUCAAAAGAGUGGGUACAAGUGCUGUCGGAUUUCCAGUGGAAGGAAACGGUUUGGAGCUUUGUGCCAGGAAAACCCAGCCAACCCCUGGCCCUGCACAUCGGGGACUACAACCUAGACGGCUUCCCUGAUGCCCUGGUGGUCCUCCGCAACACCAGUAGCAGUGUUCAGCAGGCCUUUCUAUUGGAGAAUGUGCCCUGUAACAGCGCCACUUGCCGUAGUGUAGGAAGAAUGUUCCACAUCCACUGGGACCAGUCAGAUUUGGGAGCCAUCCAAAAUGCCGUCAUGGCAACAUUCUUUGACAUCUAUGAGGACGGUAUAUUAGACAUGCUGGUUCUAAGCCAAGCAGAGGGCAAAAAUGACAUGAUCAUCCAUGCUUUGAAGAACAAUUUUGAAGCUGAUGCCUACUUCGUUAAAGUGAUGGUGCUCAGCGGCCUCUGCUCCAAUGACUGCCCAGAAGAUGUCAAGCCUUUUGGUGUUAACCAGCCAGGUCCCUACGUCAUGUACACCACAGUGGACUCCAACGGCUACCUGAAAAACGCCUCAGCCGGUCAAUUGAGCCAGUCGGCUCACUUCUCCCUCCAGCUGCCCUACACUGUGCUGGGCCUCGGACGCAGCGCCAACUUCCUGGACCACCUUUUUGUUGGCAUCCCCCGGCAGCCUGGAGAGACGGACAUAAGGAAGCAGGAGUGGACAGCCAUCAUUCCCAACUCUCAGCUCAUCGUCAUCCCCUUCCCGCACAAUAAGCCCCGCAGUUGGAGUGCAAAGUUGUAUCUGACUCCUAGCAACAGCGUGUUGCUGACGGCCAUCGCGCUGAUCGGCGUGUGUGUCUUCAUCCUCGUCAUUAUUGGCAUCCUCCACUGGCAAGAGAAGAAAGCGGACGACCGAGAGAAGAGGCAGGAAGCCCACCGUUUCCAUUUCGAUGCCAUGUGAAGGAAGAGAACUGCAUCAUGGGAGAACAUCCUCUCCUGUCCUCCCCCGUCUACCCCUCACCCUCCUCCCUCCUUCACACACAUUUUCACUCAGACUCAUUUCAAGGGCCAAUAAAUGGAAUCCUCAUUUGCCCCAAAACGUUUCUUUUUGAUAUUUUUCAGUCCUCCAGUCAGAUGUGAAAUAUUUAUGUUCCGUUUCAUUUAUUCAUUCCAGUGUUAGAAGUACAGGAGCUGCAACAAGGCCAUGGAGACACAGAGAGAAAUCCUAAUGGAGAUCACUCAUAAGUUUAAAGCAGGGAUUUCUUUGGACAGGCUGUAGUCAGCAGCAUGAUCAUCAGUGGAGUUAUGAGAGUAUUAUUUUGACAAAAUGACACAGAUUUCUGUUGAAACGCCCAACAAAUGACUCCAAUAUUAUAAGCUGUUUGCUUAUUCACUGGAAGGGUUCAAAUGUGUAAUGUUACUUGAAAUCCAUGUGUGUGUUACUGUCCAUUGUCUUUGUCUACUUGAGUCACCUCUGUCUUUUUCAUUUGACUGAGAUAUUGUAAAGAAUUCCUUGUGAUUUAUUUGCCUGUGAAAUUAAACUGAAAUGCAUUCUGUGAUAUCAGUCUCGGCCUUGCAGCUGCAGCAGCAACUGGUGCAAAGUGAACAAAAAUGGACACAUAAUGAUUCUGUGGAACAUUUUUCUGCCACCAGUCUCACCAAAAAUGAUGAAUGGCCUUCAGGUCUGCUGAGUACAAAUUCAUCUUUUUCUCACUUGAUCGUAUCACAGUGCAUGGGAGUGCCAAAAAUAAGAGUUUCUGUGUUGCAUCCUGCAAAUUUCUAAUGCUACUGCAUCAAGGCUCAGCGAAUUGUCUAAAAACGUUUGACUUGACUUUAAAAAACAUUUGUCCUGCUGAAUAAGGCACACUCCUCCAAUACUCCAGCUUGUUUCGAGAUGUAGUUUUAAUUUUCGUAGUCUGUUUAAAAUGAAUCGGGCCAAGCACUCGGUGUGUUCAGAUAUGUUUUAUAAGAAUGAGCUCAUGCCUUUCCAAGUGGUUUGCACUUUUUAACUAAUGAUUAAUUGCAGGUGUAUGUAAUUUAUUUUGUUUUGUGGAUUUAAUUUGCAAAUGAAUGUGCAAGCAACUAAAUGUGUUUACUUACUGAGGUUGAGAAUAAAGGUUUAUCCUGCUUAAAUCUA